CAUUUUUUGAACGAAGUAGAGGACUAAAACUUUACUUAAAAAAGUAGUUUUUUCCUGGAUCCAGACACACAAAAAAAAACACAUCAUUGUAAAUGAUACUGGCGCAGUGACCAUCUCAGUUUUCACUCGGCAUCCGAGGUGUUAAGCUGUGUCUCACACGUGUUUCAUACCUACCAACUAAGAAUAGCUGAAACAAAAUUCCUUUUCAUCUAUACAUCGAAGCUAAAUUAAUAAAAUGUUAGAUUUGUUGUAUUAUUGUUAAGUAUUAAUACUUUUUUCAGCAAUGGUGAGAAUCGAUUUAGUUAAAGGUACUUGUAACACUAGUAAAAAAAAUUCAAGUAUGAGUUCAUCGCUGUCCGAAGUCCAAACCUUUUAUAGUGGUGCUUCGAUUUUUCUUACGGGUGCAACUGGAUUCGUGGGAAGGUUGAUAUUGGAAAAGCUAAUAAGAACAUGUUCCAACAUAAAAAAGAUACACGUUUUGAUCAGGGAGAAAAAAGGAAAAACCACAGAAGAACGGUUCAAAGAUUUAUUCAAUGAUUCGUUAUUCGACCUGAUGAAAAAAAAAACACCGGAUUACCUUGAUAAAGUGUCACCUAUUAUUGGCGAUUGCAUACAAUCAAACUUGGGAAUAAACGAACAGGACAGAGAAGUUAUUAAAAACGAAGUAAACAUAGUGAUCCAUUCAGCAGCAACUGUCCGCUUUGACGAGCACCUGAGAAAAGCUGUUAAAAUCAACAUAAUAUCUCUACAAGACCUUUUGAAACUCUCUCAAGAAAUCAAGCACUUGAAAGCAUUUAUUCACAUUUCCACCGCUUAUUCCAACUGCGCUGGCAGGAAAACUGUGGACGAGGUCUUCUACGACUUGCCGUUUUCCGGAGAUAACCUUAUACAAGUUGUCAACAAUCUCAGUGACGAAUACAUCAAUAAUGUCACGCCUUCAAUUUUGAACAAGUGGCCAAAUACGUACGCAAUGACCAAGGCUAUCGCUGAAGGGGAGAUUUUGCGUUAUGGUAAAGGACUACCGAUUGGAGUCGUUAGACCAGCUAUGAUCAUAGCCACUGCCAACGAACCGGUACGCGGGUGGAUAAACAACGUGUACGGGCCAACUGGAGUUGUAGCAGCCGUCGUUGUGGGUCUAAUGAGAGUCAUGUACGCUGACCCGAAGACCAAUGCCGAACUUAUACCGGGAGACUUUGUCAGCAAUGCGAUAAUCGUCAGCGCAUGGGAUGUGCACAACAAAUGGAAAUCUUACACUAAAGAAAACUCAUUGGAAGCUGAAAGUGCAACCGUUAGAGCGUUCUCACCGCCCAUUUACCAUUGUGUGUCGACAAAUGCAAACCCGUUAACUUGGAGUGAAUUUUCAUACUACAAUAAAAAGCACGGAGCACGCCUACCUUCUAUUCAGUCAAUCUGUAUACCUAUGUUGACAUUAACAACCUCCAUGUUCAAGUUCAAAAUAAUUAUCUACUUGGUCCACAUCCUUCCGGCAAUGAUAAUCGAUCGGUUGGCGACUCUCGUAGGGAAAGUGCCCAGACUUGUGAAAGAGUACGACAAACUGCACAAGUUCAUCGACGUUGUCUCGUACUUUAGUGUGCGGUCGUGGACGUUUAACGAUACAAACUUAAAAGGUAUGAUGAAAGCGAUGUCAGAUCAAGACAAGGCAUUGUUUGACUUUGACAUCUCCAAACUUGACUGGGACGAUUACUUAAAGCAUCAAAUGAUCGGCAUCAAACUCUAUAUAUUUAAGGAGCCAAUUGAAACCGUACCGGAGGGGUUGAAACACAAUAGAAAGUUAAAAGUGUUCUUCUACAUGCUACUUGCUUUCCUUGGGUGUCUACUGCUAUUAAUAGUAUACGGUAUAAAACUGUUGCUAUGAUCAUUCGAAUAUUGAAUAAUCCACCAGUUCUAAGCCGGUGAUCCGUUUUACAUGAAAAACAUGUUGUUAAAUUUUUAACUUUUAAAUGUCGUUAUUUUAUUUUUGGGGUUUAUUCGAAUUGGAAUUAUAUUUUUAAAUCAUUAAUAAAUAAUAGGGUACCGUUGGUUAAUACUAAAAGCGACGAUCCAAAUCGUUAUUGCCAUAAUAAUAUAUGUUAUUUAAUAACAAUGUA